AUGAUUAAUCCGGAAACCCUUCCGCAGCGCAACCACGCCACAACAUUAAUUCAUACACUAAAACAUACUGACUUGAUUGACUGGAUCCAUCUCCCUGUCGCAAUCUCGAGUGCCAAUGGAGUUCAAGCAUUCACAGGGACCUCGUACUUUGAUGAGGCUAAUACAUCUGGUCUUGGAACAUCUGAAAACCCACCGUACCUUGCAUUUUAUACUGGGUACUUUCCAGACACCGGAGUACAGGAUCAGAGACUUGCUUAUAGUCUGGACCAAGGCGAGACUUGGAUCAAGUACAGUGAAAAUCCGAUCAUCUCGCAGGCAGAGGAGAAGCCACACGACACUACCGGGGGCUUAGAGACCCGGGAUCCCAAAGUCUUCUUUCACACAGCGACAUUCUCGCCAGAUUCCAACAAUGUAGCACACCUGCGGGUUCUAGUAGACGUGUGUUCGGUGGAGGUAUUUGGAGGAGCUGGCGAAGUGGUCAUUGCGGACCUGAUAUUUCCAAGCGACAGCUCUGACAGACUGUCUCUGACCACGGCUGGAGGAAAUGUCGUAUUACAGUCUGUUGAAGUACGGUCUGUGGCAUGA